AUGGCGGCCGAGGCCGCGGACGCCCCCUUGGGCGGGGUCGAGCCGGCGCUCAGUUGCUUCUCCUUCAACCAGGACUGCACCUCCCUAGCAAUUGGAACCAAAGCUGGGUAUAAGCUGUUUUCCUUGAGUUCCGUGGAGCAACUAGACCAAGUCCAUGGAAGCGAUGAGACCCCGGACGUCUACAUUGUCGAGCGCCUCUUCUCCAGCAGCCUGGUGGUGGUGGUCAGUCACACUAAGCCACGGCAGAUGAACGUGUAUCACUUCAAGAAAGGCACAGAGAUCUGCAAUUACAGCUACUCCAGCAACAUCCUCUCCAUCAGGCUGAACCGACAAAGGCUGCUCGUGUGCCUGGAGGGAUCCAUUUACAUUCACAACAUUAAAGACAUGAAGCUGCUGAAGACCAUCCUGGGCAUCCCUGCGAACCCGACAGGUCUCUGUGCCCUCUCUAUCAACCAUUCCAAUUCUUACGUGGCCUAUCCUGGGAGCCUGACUACAGGGGAGAUUGUGCUUUAUGAUGGAAACUCCCUGAAAACCGUCUGCACCAUUGCAGCCCAUGAGGGGACGCUGGCUGCCGUCACCUUCAACUCCUCAGGCUCCAAGCUAGCGAGCGCCUCAGAAAAGGGCACAGUCAUCCGCGUGUUCUCUGUACCUGACGGGCAAAAGCUCUAUGAGUUCCGGAGGGGAAUGAAGAGGUACGUGACCAUCAGCUCCCUGGUUUUCAGUAUGGACUCGCAGUUCCUCUGCGCCUCCAGCAACACCGAGACCGUGCACAUCUUCAAGAUGGAGCACCUCACCGACAGCCGCCCAGAAGAGCCAGCAACCUGGAGCGGCUACAUGGGAAAGGUGUUCAUGGCUGCUACCAACUACCUCCCCACCCAAGUGUCAGACAUGAUGAAUCAGGACAGGGCUUUCGCCACCGGGCGUCUGAGCUUCUCCGGGCAGAGGAACAUCUGUGCCCUGGCCACGAUCCAAAAAUUGCCACGGCUGUUGGUUGCCUCGUCCGACGGAUGCCUUUACAUCUACAAUCUCGACCCUCAGGACGGUGGGGAAUGCGUCUUAAUCAAGACCCACAGUUUACUGGGCUCAGGAACAACAGACGAGAAUAAAGAAAAUGGCCUCCGACCUUCAUUACCUCAGUCUUACGCAGCAACUGUAGCCAGACCCAGCACAUCCACCUCCACAGCACCAGGUUACUCUGAGGACGGCGGGGCGCUCCGCGGAGAGGUCAUCCCUGAACACGAGUUUGCGACGGGACCUGUGUGUCUUGAUGAUGAGAAUGAAUUCCCCCCUAUAAUCUUGUGCCGUGGAAGUCAGAAGGGCAAAACGAAGCAGUCAUGA